AAACAAAAUUUUAUUUUGGAGCAUUAAUUUUAAUUUUUAUUCCUAAUAAUAAAACAGCCUAAGAUUGCAUAAUCAAAAACCAGCCUAAGCUCCCACCCGCAAGCCCCACGUAGCUUAGAAACAAAGUCUUGUUCUGCCAAGCAGCAACCUUCAGGUUUGAUAUCACACCAAGGGACUUGUUCAUUUCUAAUAUUUGUGGGUCUUCAUUCUAGUUCAAACUGCAAUUGAGAGAUGAGUCAGAAAGGUUUGAUAUAUAGCUUUGUGGCAAAGGGUACAGUUGUAUUAGCAGAGCACACGCCGUAUUCAGGGAAUUUCAGUACCAUUGCUGUUCAAUGUUUACAAAAGCUUCCUUCAAAUAGCAGCAAGUAUACGUACUCAUGUGAUGGGCAUACAUUUAACUUCCUUAUCGACAGUGGAUUCGUUUUUCUUGUUGUUGCAGAUGAAUCAACAGGAAGAAGUGUGCCUUUUGUUUUUCUUGAGCGAGUGAAGGAUGAUUUUAAACAGCGUUAUGGUGCUGGUAUUAAUAACGAGGCACACCCACUUGCUGAUGACGAUGACGAUGAUGACUUGUUUGCUGACCGAUUUAGUAUUGCCUACAAUCUUGACCGAGACUUUGGGCCAAGGCUUAAGGAACACAUGCAAUAUUGUAUGAGCCACCCAGAAGAAAUCAGCAAGCUAUCAAAACUUAAGGCCCAAAUAACUGAGGUCAAGGGAAUUAUGAUGGACAAUAUUGAAAAGGUUUUGGAUCGUGGAGAGAGGAUUGAACUUCUGGUAGAUAAAACAGAGAACCUGCAGUUCCAGGCUGAUAGCUUCCAGAGGCAAGGAAGACAACUGCGACGUAAGAUGUGGCUGCAGAAUCUCCAAAUGAAGUUGAUGAUAGGAGGAGCAAUCCUUGUCCUGAUUGUCAUCCUCUGGCUUCUCGUCUGUCGAGGAUUCAAAUGUUAGUGGUGCCUGCCUUAUGGAGAAUGUUGUAGCAUUUACUUGAUAUCUUUUUCUUUUCUUUUCUUUCUUUCUGUUUUUAAGUAUUAUAGUGUACAAAAAGUUUAUCUGUUCUUGGAUACGGAGAAUGAUGCUGGAAUGAGAUUGCAUGUUCUAUGCCGUAACUACACCUUUGUACUUCCCAGAUAGUGGUGUGAAUAUCAGUCCCUAAUGCUGAUAUAUGUUAUAAAUGUUGAUUGCCAUGGGGGUAUGGAGCUCUAGCCGUCUACUCCUAGCUUAUAGUUA